AUGUCUGACGAAGAAACACCAACCCCUCCGCAGUGGGACACUUUCCAGCGACUAUGCCACAACACUCAAAUCGUUGCAUCGGAUCUCUCUGCGACCAUUGACAAGAAAAGGCAUACUCUGCCCAUUAGUAGCGAGUUACAAUUUGCGGUGGCCGACCACUUGUGCGCUCAGCCUGUUAACCAGCCCGGCCGUUUUGACGCUGAGAUCGCCUCGUGCGUCGUCCACGGAAACAUCCCCCAAUGCAUCGACGGGACGUUUUACCGCAUCAUCUGCGACUUUGUGUUUGCCAACCGUAAUGGACAUGACAUCUGGAUCAACGGCGAUGGUGCCGUGAACGCUUGGAGAAUUUCGAACGGCGUGGUCGAUUUCAAGCAGAAGUUCGUUCGGACCCCGCGGUUCAUCAUAGAGCGAGCGGCUCGGAAGCCUCUUUGGGGGACGUAUCGGAAUCCAUACGCUGGAGAUCCGCGCGUCUUUGACCAGAUUCAGUCCACGGGCAACACGCAUGUUCAGUGGUGGCAGAAGAAGUUGCUUGUCCUCAAGGAAGAUAGCCCGCCGUUGCUCGUGGACCCUGAUACAUUGGAUACGAUUGGGGUUUACGACUUCGAGGGCCAAAUGACGGCCAAGACGUUUUGCGCCCACCCCAAGACGGAUGUUUCCACUGGUGAGAUGCUCGGUUUCGGUAUGGAAGCUGCUGGGCUUGGUUAUGUUAUCUUCGGGAUGACGCCGCACGAGUUCGACUUGAAGCACAUGAAGGAGGCCAACGGAACUCAUUUUCGACGGAACCCUUUCCUUAACCACUACUGGGGCCACGUGAGUAACCAUUACGAGGGCAACGACGGCUGCAUUUAUAUCGACACCUUCCUCCACGACACUGAUGCACUCGGCGUCUUCCCCACCCAGCAUCCCGAACUCGAGUCUGCGCAAAACCCCGGCCACCGUCCUCCCGUGGGCAAGUUCGUCAGGUUCAAGAUCGACCCAACCGCCGAGACCACAGAGAUGGAGCCACCGAAAAUCAUCAGCGAUGUGGCCGGCGAGAUGGCUCGUUGCGACGACCGCUACACCACGAAGCCCUAUAACCACGCCUUCGGUUCCGGCGGCCCCACACCCCGGGGUUUCGGUGCCGUCCUACACAUUGACAUCGCCGCCGGAACCACGAAGAUGUGGAACGCAGGCCCGGAUGUGACGGUCGGAGAGCCAUGCUUUGUCCCCCGCUCGGCGGAUGCUCCGGAAGCGGACGGAUUCCUGGUCGUCUCCUGCCGCGACCACACCACGACCCUCGGAAACCUGGUGAUCCUGGACACGCGAGAUAUCCCGGCGGGCCCUGUGAGCAUAAUCCAGCUUCCGUUCAGAAUCCGAGAGGGUGUACAUGGUAAUUGGCUAAUUCCUACUUCCAAGGUUCCCGCUUCCGAUUUUGCUAGCAGAAAGCCACUGGUGGACUACGCCGGCGUUACUCCUAGUCUUCUAAAGGAGUUCGGGACUGGGGCUCCCGUUCCGUACAACGACUUGGCUACCAGGGCCGUGAAGAUGCGAUAG